CACGUGUGGGGAGUCCGUUGAUCUCGUUUCGUGUAAGCAGUGAAUCUCUCCUGUUUGUUCAUUUGAUUUGGGCCCCGUUUCAUGUUGUUUUCAAAACAACAUUUCGUGUAGAUUUAUCUAUCUUCGCCGAAGAAUGAGCGACAACGAUGAUAUCGAGGUCGACAGUGAUGAAGAUUCACCGAGAUUUCACGGUGUGGCAGACAAACGGGCACACCACAAUGCGCUGGAGCGCAAACGUAGGGACCACAUCAAAGACAGCUUUCACAGCCUUCGGGAUUCCGUUCCCGCCUUGCAAGGGGAAAAGCAAUCUAUCAAACAGGCAUCCCGAGCUCAAAUCCUAGACAAAGCCACAGAAUACAUCCAGUACAUGCGACGGAAAAACCACACACACCAGCAGGACAUAGACGACCUGAAGCGGCAGAACGCCCUGCUGGAGCAACAAGUACGGGCACUGGAGAAAGUCAAAGGGACCACGCAGCUUCAGGCCAACUACUCGUCUUCAGACAGCAGCCUGUACACCAACCCCAAGGGCAGCGCCGUGUCGGCCUUUGACGGCGGGUCUGAUUCCAGCUCCGAGUCCGAGCCGGAGGAACAGCGCACCCGGAAGAAGCACCGCCCAGAGGAUAGCUAAACCCUGGAUCCACAAAGUUCUCCUCUGAGGGGAGGGAGAGUCACAGCAAUGGCCUGUUUCAUGUUGUAUUUUGUGUACCUCAAUCUCCCCAAACCACCUUGAUGAUCAUUCUCUUUCAGUGAAUGUCGAUUCCACGCCUGAAGAAACUCGAGAGCGAGGGACGUCCGCUAAAGGAGGAGAAAACAUGGCUAGUUUUUACUCUCUCUCCCUCUCCGACUGUGUUCGUCCAUCUUGCGUCCUGGCACACGCAACAACAAACGAUGAUUUUAAACCCAAAAUGAGGCAGCUUUGCAACUUAAGGACUUGAUGCUUUGUUUUUUUUUGUUUUGGUUUUUGUACCCUUGUCUACAAUCCCUCCAGGUUGAAAUCCCAGAGGGCGAAUGAGGCGUACAACUCCUAGCACUGCUAAAAUAUACGUUUUUGUUGAAUAUCUUAAAGCCUGCUUAGAACCUACCCUUAGAUAAAUUGUCCUGAGUGAUUUGCCUUUCUAAAUAUUUGUUACUUUUCCAUAAGGAAUGUUUUUGAAGCAUCUAUCAAUGUACCCCCUUGUUAGACCUAUGGGAUGAGUGAUACAUUUUGACGUUAUCGAUAAAAUCCCUUAUUUUAAAAAAACAAAGAAAAAAAAGAAAAUCAACAUGCUUUUGGGAGGGCUGCUGAGCUUGUGUUGUAUUUGUUGUUUUAGCCUGAUGUAGUGAAGUUUACAGGUUGGGGGGGAAAAAAAGAUUUUUUUUCUUUCUAAAAAAAUGGGUUUAAAAAGUGAUGAUAAAGCAUAUAUUUUGCAUCUGUCAUCUGAGCCUCCCAAACAUGCAUUUUAUGUAUUUCACUCCAUAUUGGGAAUAUAAACGUUCCAAAUGUUUCCCCUCCACAAAGAUAGUCAAUAUUGAAAGAGUAGAUUCAUGUCGUGACUUUUAAAGGUAAAUGUUCUAAAUGUUCAUUGGAAAUUUGACCGCUGCACACUGCGAAGGUUGCGUUUUGAGUGUCUAGGAGACGUGUGUGUGCGUGCGCGCGUGUGUAUAUCUUUUACCAUAUUUUCCUCUUAGGACAUCAGUAGAACAGAGUAGGUCUUUCUUUGUCUGAUUCCAUUCCAUGGAAAUUACAGGUAUGUUGUACAUACUGCCAACAGUUGUCUUGCAAGUUGAGGCCUACCUUUACAUUGAGAAUAUAAAUAAAACUAUUUUAUCCUUUA